CUGCUCGUAAAGUUGCAUUUCUCCAUCUGCACUGCACUGCUGCACCUUGAUACCUGGAACUGGAACCUCCUGCAACUUAGAGAGAGAGAGAGAGAGAGAAGUGGAGGAGGAUGUUUCGUCUGGGGAGCAGGAUCGGUGGGCCUCUGCUGGCGAAGUUGAAGGAGACGACAGGAAUCGUGGGCCUGGAGGUGGUCCCUAACGCUCGCGAGGUCCUCAUCUCUCUCUACAGUCGCACCCUCAAGGAGAUUCAGGCUGUCCCCGAGACAGAGGGCUACCGCAAGGCCGUCGAGACUUUUACCAACCAUCGCCUCAAGAUCUGCCGGGAGGAGCAGGACUGGGAGAACAUCGAGAAGAGGAUCGGUUGCGGACAGGUCGAGGAGCUCAUCGAGGAAGCGGAGGAUGAGCUCAAGCUUAUCUCCAAGAUGAUCGAAUGGGAUCCUUGGGGUGUCCCUGAAGACUAUAAGUGUGAGAUUAUUGAGGAUGACACUCCAGGACCCAAGCAUGUUCCACGCCACAGGCCAAUUCCUCUUCCAGAUGGUUUCAGGCAGGCAUUGGAGGCAGCUGCGUCAGUCCAACCUGUUGUCAACAAGAAAGAGGCGUCAGAGAAGGCUGCCAAUGGUCCAGGCCAGGCCUCGGGCUUCUGGGACGGGCUAUCAAUUGGGGCCAUUUUUGCGCCUGGUAGGGCUUUAAGCCACGUCUCGCCUGGUGGCAGCCGGGUGCAUAUCCUUUUCGCAAUGGUUAUGACGAGGUUCGAUGCAAUGAGCAUUCAAUAAGUUUUUUCCUCUGCCUGCAAAAAUCAGUCCCUAAUAAAGGAAAACUUCAAAAAUACUCAUAGGUGAAAUGCUACAGUAUUUAGUCAAUGUUAUUAGACUUGUUAUGUUUGUGGUGGUUUAUUGAAUGGACUCGCAACAGUUGACGCCGUCCAUUGUGGUUCUAUAUGAAUUUUUUGAUCGUUACGGAUAUAGCAUAUCCGUCGUGGCUGUUGAAAAAUGCAUGCCACCCAAUUUUUUUGGAAGGUGAUGAACUUAUGGGCGAAAAUAAAGAAU